AUGGAAACUAUGUUAAGUGAGCGAGGCAAAAAAUUGAUCGUAAUUCAAAAGUAUAAGUUUCGUAAACAUAGAGAAACGGCACUUGGUGUUUUUUAUAGAUGUACAGUUAGAACAUGUAGCGCAUCUAUAUCCGUGGACAAGACAGAAGAGGUUCUACUCCAAGUAAAUGGUCAGCAUAACCAUCCUUCCAUUGAAAAUCUUCAAGUAAAGAAGCUACAAAAUGCAAUUAAAAGAAAAGUGACAGAAGACAUAUCUCUUCGCCCAUCAAAAAUUAUUAAUAUGGGAAUUAAUGAGGCUCCAAAUGUCUUGAAUAUGUUUCAUAUAUCCCUUAAAAGAAAAACGUAA